UAUUGGAUCACAAAAUAUUUCUAGUCGAAUUGUAAUGGAACAAACAAAAUCUAAGUAAAAUAUUGAAAAUAAUAAUUUCAACUAACAAAAAAAAAAAAAUUCUGAAAGGCAAAACAGAAUUGAGAGAAUUCUGAAAGGAAUAAGAUUAUUGUGUAUUAUUUAUAAGCAAAUGAAAACUCAGGGGUAUAAGUGAAAGCUGAGGUGAAAACUAAAAGAAAAAAAGAAAAAAAAUAUAUAAACAGAGAGAAGAAAAAAGCUGUGACCUUUAAUUCGCAGCCACCGUCGUCGUGUUGUGUGAUCAACAUGCUUGGAGAGUAAGAAGAAGAACGCUGCUUCUCUCAAUUUUGACGAGAAGACCCAACUCCAUUGUUUUCAAUCUCCCUUGAAGAUUUUCGCAGGGAAAAACCAAAACCAUAAGCUAGAUAUAGAGCUAGUCAACUCCACCUUUCUCCAGGUGCUCUAUUGAUCUCCUUUACGUCUCUCUUUCUUCUUAAGAAACGUCUGUGAGAUUCGAAUCAGAUGUCAAAAGGCACAUGCUUCUCAGCCUCGUGUUAUAUGUUAUGACGCAGAACAAAAGAUAUGACACCCGCAAAGCAAAUUAGUAAACUUUCAAGUUCAGCAAGAUCCUUUAUUCUUAGUGGAUCCAGAUCGAUUGCAGCUAGUGGGAGUUCUCGUGCACACACUGAUGAUGAACCUUGCGUCUCCAGACGCCAGCAGCUUCAGGCUGAAAAACGACCAUCCAGUCUUGUCCUCACGCCUUCGGUAGUUCCCAAGAAGGUUGAUGAUUCUGGUCGGCCAUCUCUAUUGCCACAACAUGUCUCUUCUUCACAUUCGGUUAGUUAUGCAUCAGCAGUCAUUAGAGAGGAGGAGGAGGAAGCUUCUUCAGCACCUAUUGGGGAUCAGAUUCUCAGAGCCGGUGUUAAAGCGGUAAACAUUCUCUCUGAUUUAGCAAACUGUAAGCUUCCUUCGUUUGAUAAAGGAAGUGAAGUACCUGGUCUAUUACCAAAAGCCUUUAUGGUGGAUCCAACUCGGCCUAUCACAAGCGUCAAGUCUUCUAACGUGAAAGCUCUAGGAAGAGACCUCGCCAAAGCUUACCCUGGCUCAUCCUCAAAAGAGAGUAAAACUAGAAACCCUAGUCGCAGCUUCCAAGGGUCUAAGGAAGCUGCUCGAGGGCAGCAUUGUAAUACCAGACACGUUGUGGAGAAUGUUUGCAGCGUUUUGAAAAGCUUCAGGUGGGGCCCUGCUGCUGAAGAGGCCCUAGAAAAACUCCGCGAUGAGAAGAAGAUUGUGAUGAGUCCACGCCAAGCAAACCAAGUCCUGAUGCAGAUGAACGACUACGGAAACGCUCUUGGUUUCUUCUACUGGCUAAAAAAGCAACCUGACUUCAAGCACGAUGACUACACUUACACCACUAUGCUUGGUAGCCUCGGCCGCGCUAAACAGUUCGGCGCGAUAAACAAGCUCCUAAACGAGAUGGUUAGAGAAGGAGUUCGGCCAAACACAGUCACCUAUAACCGUCUCAUCCACAGCUAUGGCCGAGCUAAUUACUUGAAGGAAGCUAUGAACGUGUUCAACCAAAUGCAAAAGUCUGGAUGCGAACCUGACCGUGUAACGUACUGUACACUCAUAGACAUUCACGCUAAGGCUGGAUUUUUAGAUAUUGCCAUGGAUAUUCACCAGAGGAUGAACGCGGCGGGGAUCGAAACCGACACUUUCACUUACAGUUUGAUAAUCAACUGUCUUGGGAAAGCCGGGCGUUUACCAGCUGCGCACAAGCUAUUCUGCGAGAUGGUUGAUAAGGGAUGUGCUCCUAACUUGGUCACCUACAACGUCAUGAUUGACUUGCACGCCAAGGCGAGGAACUACCAGAGCGCGUUGAAGCUGUACCGUGAUAUGCAGAGCGCCGGGUUUAAGCCUGAUAAAGUGACUUACAGCAUUGUGAUGGUGGUGCUUGGACACUGUGGAUAUCUAGAGGAAGCAGAAGGUGUAUUCGCCAAGAUGGAGGAGGAGAAUUGGGUUCCUGAUGAGCCGGUUUACGGGCUGCUGGUGGAUCUCUGGGGGAAAGCUGGUAACGUGGAGAAGGCGUGGCGCUGGUAUCAGGCGAUGCUUGGUGCUGGGGUGUUGCCUAAUGUUCCUACGUUCAACUCCCUUCUCAGCACCUUCCUCAGGGUUAACAAGAUAAGUGAAGCUUCUGAGUUGUUGCAAAACAUGCUGGCGUUAGGUCUACGCCCCUCUUUGCAGACGUACACGCUGCUCUUGAGCUGUUGCACGGAUGGUAGGUCGAAGCUUGACAUGGGCUUCUGCGGUCAGCUGAUGGCGAGAACUGGUCAUCCUGCGCAUAUGUUUCUCCUCAAGAUGCCGUCUGCUGGUCCUGACGGGCAGAAUGUGCGGAGUCAUGCGAACAGCUUCUUGGAUUUGAUGCACAGCGAGGACAGAGAGAGCAAGAGGGGACUUGUGGACGCGGUGGUUGACUUUUUGCACAAGUCAGGGCUGAAAGAAGAGGCGGGGUCGGUUUGGGAAGUCGCGGCGCAGAAGAAUGUUUUUCCUGAUGCGUUGAGGGAGAAGAGCAGGAGCUACUGGCUUAUUAAUCUCCAUGUGAUGUCAGAGGGGACUGCGGUGACCGCGUUGUCUAGGACGCUUGCUUGGUUCCGUAAGCAGAUGUUGGUCUCGGGAUGUGGCCCUGCGAGGAUUGAUAUAGUGACUGGUUGGGGAAGGCGUAGUAGAGUCACGGGUACGUCGAUGGUUAGACAAGCCGUUGAAGAGCUGCUCAACGUCUUUGGUUCACCGUUUUUCACGGAGAGUGGGAACUCAGGGUGUUUCGUUGGAUGUGGUGAGGCCCUUAACAGGUGGCUGGUUCAGUCUUAUGUCGAGAGGAUGCAUCUGCUGUGAGUGUUGUUUGUUUUACAUUUUAGACUUUAUUUCUUUAUUUAUGAUUUGUUUAGCUUGUAACUCAUAUAAGUUAAGGUUAGGGAUAGAUCUGAAACUGCUCUCCGUCUUUAUGUCCUCUGCUUUUCAGUUGUAUCUUCCUCUUGCAAUAAACUGUUAAAUGUGGUAACAAACUCCUAGAUUUAUCUAGAUGUAGAAUCAUUAUUUCAUACAAAAUAUUUUCUUCCAAAAAUAAAAGAAGAAAAAAAAAAUGCUACAGACUUGCUGAUCUACAUUGGAUAGAGAAGAAAAAGUAGAGAAGUUUGGUGUUGUAGGAGGCACUGGUGGUAGAGCCGAUGUUAAGGAACAAGGAAAGUCUAAUUAUAUUAUUGUGAGUUUUUUUACAAAGUUUUUUUUUCCAGUCUUAAUGUGAAUUUAAUAAUUUAGUUGUGUGACAUAAAUGAAGUAUCAAUAGGCCUGUUCGUUUACUAAACACGCUGCGUCAACACUAGCGGCUGAAAUUUGUUCGUAAUUUUCUUCUGCACUGACGCUGGUGAAGGAAAAAAGUGAACGCGCAUUAGAAUGAUCGAUGGAAUCCGGUGAUGUUUGUGCCGCUGAAAUAACUAGCGUCACUGUUUAUCUUUUCUUUCUCUUCCCCGCGACUGAAAAACAUGGAUGCUCUUCCAUUCUCUAUUUUCUCUCUUAGUUAAGUUCUCUCAUUUCCCUUUUAAA